AGCAAACACGGUACAAUAUCAGUGCCAACGCCAGUAUGCGAUAAUAAUGUGCCCCACACCUGUGAUCUUACUUCCAUAGCAGCCACAUGCACCUGUUCACUUGCAAGCUGCAUGGUUCGUCCUUCGCAAAGCCUACAAGCCUGAGCCUUGCGCCAAGUUUCGAAUUUCUUGAGGGUAAUUUUUUAAUAACAUGGAUUGUAAACAAUAUUUCAGUGCCCUUGCUUUUCUGGCUCUCGUGGAAAUCUUAAAAUCCGAAACUGCCUACUAUGGAAAAGUUGACAUUCGGACGCCGGACAUUAAGAAGUUUGUAGGUGUAAAUGAACCAAUAUGGACGUACAAAGCAACUGGAACUACACGUGUGGAAUGCAAAAUGGACAUGAUGCAGAGCAUAACCAAUGAGUCAAUAAUCUUCAAGAGAAUGUACACAUAUGCGGAUCAAACGUUUUCAGAUGUACUCGAGGGAAAGUUUAAAAAAAAAUACAAGGAUAAAAUGUUUAUACAAAAAAAGAGAGCUCCGUUCUACCAGUUGGAGCAGAUGAUAUACCGGCCGAGAAAUGCCAAGUGCGCUGUCAUAAUGAUUACGUUAAUUAGCCACGUUCUUCAAAUACCUCCACUACGAUGGUACGAGCUCUGGGUACGAAAUUCAGCUAUUGGGGAACCCAUUCAUCCAAAUUGUACUACGCAAUUCGACGAACUGCGCCUGCAAGAACGCCUUGUAUAUACUGAUGAUUGCCAGACAAGACUAAGCGAUCUUGCACGAAACCGCGCAGAAUAAGUUUUCCAAUAUUUACCUCCAAACACUAAUAAUAAACUCCGAUG